GUAACUCACAUGAACACAUCACGUCCACUUGUGCCAAGCUAGUUCACCUAAGUGGUGGUGUUUCUGGUGUACUGUCUGUGUAGUGUUGAGGAACAUACGUUAACCAACAUUCUCAUCUACAGCUGCUCACGUUAACCAACAUUCUCAUCUACAGCUGCUCACGUUAACCAACAUUCUCAUCUACAGCUGCUCACGUUAACCAACAUUCUCAUCUACAGCUGCUCACGUUAACCAACAUUCUCAUCUACAGCUGCUCACGUUAACCAACAUUCUCAUCUACAGCUGCUCCUACUAAACACUAAAGAUGGAGUACAUGGAAGUGACGUGUGGCAUCUGUGAGCUCCAGUUCCAUGAUGACAACAAUGCCCGUAAUCUACCUUGUGGACACUCACUCUGUACCUCGUGUGUGGAUGAACUCCUCACCAGGGACAAAAAGUGUCCAGAGUGCCGAAUCAACAUAACAGUGUCCACCUCUCAGGAACUGCCUAUCGGUUAUACGUUAAUGAGACUUGCUCGUGCCUGUGGGGAAAUUAACAAGCAGCAGCAGAAAGAAGAUUCAUCCUCUGAUACAGAGAAUGAGACCCAACCUGAUGCAGAGUGAUGGAAGAGAGUGAGCUGCGGUGCGAGGUGUGUAGGGAGCGAUACGGUGAGGAGGAGCGGGCGCCUCGGAACCUUGGGUGCGGCCACUCCAUGUGCACCCUGUGUGUUGGGCAGCUCAUCGACGGGGAUCACCAGGCCGCCUGUCCUGAGUGCCAGGCUCCCUUUUCAGCUCUCAGAAUCUCGGAUACGGUCGUUAAUUAUCCACUCCUCAGGCUUAUACGCGCCCUUGACGCCACCAAGAUCGACAAACUCCAGAAAUUACCACAGCAGGAGGAGGAGGUGGUUCAGCAAACGUCCAAGUCCUCAUUUCCAAAUCAAAGUUCUUUAUCGGACACUGCAGCAGUAGGGGAGUGCAGAGUACACAGAAUACCUCUUUCAUCCAUGUGUAUGAGAUGUUCCGUGUUGUUGUGUCAAGAGUGUCUUUCUUUAGACCACUACCCUCCACCCAGAGGUCAGUGUCGCACCCUUGCAGUUACUCAAGCUAUAGCAGAGAUAAAAUCCAGCCAGUUGCAGGCCAUCUCCUCCAAAAUGGUGAGUAUAAAUGCCCUGAAGCUGAAACUAGAAAGAGAGAUCUCCUCUCUCUCCUCUACAAAAGAACAGCAUACAACCACAGCUUCCAGACUCAACACGUUACUGCAGGCGGUCGAGGACAGCUUCAGAGAUCUAGAAUCAAAACUCGAUUUACAAAAUGAGGAAGCUGUCAAGAAGCUGGCUGAGAUAGAGAGCAUACUGGAGAUGCUGCGACAGACGGAGUGUGGAGUGGAGAGGGCCAAGACACCGCGGGAUAUAUUGAGUGCUCUCGAGGUGGGCGGAGACUGCCUCAACCAAGUAGAGGAGUGUCUCACUCAGGAGCAGCACCGCCAGGUCCCAGCCCUACCCAGGAUCAUCUCCAGGGAAAAACAGAACCUCCGUGAAGUGUUGGAGACCGGGAGGAGCAUCUACACGAGCCGGGAGGUGGGAGGGCGGAGGAGGUGGGCCAGGGUAACUCGCCAAGACGAAAUGCUUCAUCUUCACGCACUUCAAGUCGGCGCUCACGCUCCUCAUGGUGUUACUGUGCCCUACAAGAUGGUGAGACAGCUGGUGCCCUGUCAGUGUGCGUCCAUCUUCCUCGACGUGGGCAUAGGAGGCGUCCUUCAUGGACGUGUCUACGUCCGUAUGUUCGGGGACACCCCACGCACUCGUCAGACGAUGCUGCUUUGUUCAGGCGAGCAGGGCCCCAGCUACAGAGGCACCUGCUUCUUCAAGGUUGAGAAGCAAGGGCAGCCGUGGGAGACGCUGCUGGGUGGAGACUAUGAACAUAACAGAGGAACGGGAGGACGGAACCUGGUCUACGGGGUGACGGAUGGUGGUGUCUACAAGACGGAGGUGGUGACAGGUCUCAUGGCGAGUGGCUCAGCCAAAGAAUCCUCAAAGUUAGCGCAGUUCUAUUUCUACCUGAGGCAGAUUCCGGGAUCUUACGACAACGGGGGACACGGGAUCGUCACCAGUGGUCUGGAUACACUGAGGGCUGCGUCUCGCCACUACCCCAUCACAGAUUCACUCGUGCAAGACUGUGGGCUGGUGAUUCCUUCAUGAGAAGACAAUUGAUAUAUAUGAAACCCGUUUUUUAUUCAACAAUACAAAACUUUCAUUAGAAAGUUCAAAUAAUACUUGAGUGACACUUUAAGAGAUGGAUAGAUAUUCAUAAAUGUAACUCAAGUCUUUUACUGUAUAUAUAUACCGUAUAUCUGCACCACACAGUCAGUGCCUACAAACCUCUUAAUUUCAUCUCACAUGUGGUAAUUCAUCUUUCCUUAAGCAAAGUUUUCCACUGUCCACUGGUGAUGUGAUCUUACAAAUGGCUGCUCACUGACACUCCAGUUCCUCAUUCCUUAUAGUAAUAUCACAUAACUGGAUAUCAGGUCUCACCAAUUCGUUCUUUUUCCAUCUUAUACUUCUUUAAAGAAACUGGAGACUAUCAUUCUUGUAUCCAUAACACAAAAGCGUAUGAUGCUUUUGAACAUAUACUGUGUUUCCAAGGACACUCAAACAUCACUUCACUAACAACUUUUUCAGUAUGUAUGUUUCUGCACAUCAUGGAUUAAUCUAAGUCUUCUGUAGCAACGAAAUCACCCAAGACCAUUUAUUAUCAAGCUUAAUCCACCAUAUGCAUUUGUUUGUAAUAUAACGUCAAGUUUUAAAUAAAUAUUAACUAAUUUAUCGAACAUUACAACAAAGUUUAUAAUUGUUGUUGACCGUUGAGUUCCUCCCCAAUCGUCUGUUUCAAAAAAAUUCCAUAUUGCUCUAAAAAUGUGCAACUUUCCUCACUAUUUCUCGUCUAAUUUUGGUUAGGUUAGGUUAGUUUAUUUAAGACAAUAUCCUCAGUUAUACGUCUCUGUGUAUUACGUCUCUUCUUUGAUUUUCUUUAUUAAUUUUAAGUUAUUUCUUCGUCAAAAGUGUUCAUUCAAAAGCUUUACCCAGUACAGUACUUGUUACGGGAAGUGUUAAUCCUCAGCCUAUUUAACACUGAUAACAGUAGAUGAAGCAGCAGUAGCAGACUAGCAGUAAACAAAGCAACAGUAGCAGACUAGCAGUAAACAAAGCAACAGUAGCAGACUAGCAGUAAACAAAGCAACAGUAGCAGACUAGCAGUAAACAAAGCAACAGUAGCAGACUAGCAGUAAACAAAGCAACAGUAGCAGACUAGCAGUAAACAAAGCAACAGUAGCAGACUAGCAGUAAACAAAGCAACAGUAGCAGACUAGCAGUAAACAAAGCAACAGUAGCAGACUAGCAGUAAACAAAGCAACAGUAGCAGACUAGCAGUAAACAAAGCAACAGUAGCAGACUAGCAGUAAACAAAGCAACAGUAGCAGACUAGCAGUAAACAAAGCAACAGUAGCAGACUAGCAGUAAACAAAGCAACAGUAGCAGACUAGCAGUAAACAAAGCAACAGUAGCAGACUAGCAGUAAACAAAGCA